UGCCAAAGUAACAAAAUAAAACCAAAAGCGAGCAAGUCAUCGGCGUUUUCAUGGAAUGUCUCGUAUAGUUGAAUAGAAAAAUAAAAUAAUUUCUAAAUAUGUCCACCAAUAAGGAGGAGACGUUGAGACAGUUUUGUGAUGUUACUGGUGCAGAUGAGGGCCGCAGCAAGUUUUUUCUGGAGUCCUCAAACUGGCAGUUAGACGUUGCACUAUCAAGCUUUUAUGAACACGGGGGCAACGCAGACGAGGCUCCUUCUAAUCCAGCGGCAGCUGCGUCGUCCCUGCCGACCCUGUCAGACAGUGAUAUGGAGUCACCUCCAGGGUCACCACUAGCAACCCAGAAGAAAGAUAAAAAGAAGGCCCCAACCUCAAAGUUUGCAACCCUUGACUCCUUACAACAGGAGAGCUCAAGCGAUGAAGAAGAAGGUCAAGCCUUCUACGCAGGUGGAUCGGAGCGCUCUGGACAGCAGAUCCUUGGCCCAUCUAAAGGUGGAAGAAAGGAUAUAGUCACUGAGGUCUUCAAAAGCGUUCGAGAACGCGGUGCGGUCGUGUUUGAAGACGAGCCAUCGUCCACAAGCCGAGGACGUUCCGCAUUCAGCGGAGUUGGAUAUAGACUGGGUCAAACUGCGGAUGACCACGAGCCUGCUACAGCUGGAGGCAACCAACAGCAACAAGCUGAUCAACCACGCUCAGUGAGACUGCGGCUGUACCGCGAGGGCUUUACGGUUGACUCCGGCCCACUGCGACACUACACUGACCCUGAUCACGCCGACUUCCUCAACUGUAUACGUAGGGGUGAGAUUCCACCCGAGCUAUCCGGCACUGGCGGUGAAGUCCGCGUGUCCCUGGAGGACCGGCGGCACGAGGAGUGCCCGCGACACAUCGCCAAGCCGCAGCCAUUCUCUGGGAAGGGACAUCUAUUGGGCAGCCCAACCCCUCCAACAGUAGGAGCCACAGCGCCGGUGGCGGGUGACGUGGCAGACCGCGCCGCCAACCAGCGCGCUGCGCAGGAAGCCGUCAAGGUAGACGACUCCGCGCCCGUCACUACUAUACAGUUCCGUCUGGCGGAUGGUAGCCGCCUGACAGGUCGGUUCAACCACUCGCACACAGUGGGGGACCUACACGCGUACGUUUCGCGCGCGGAGCCCUCCUACCAGCUGCAGGCCUUCGCCCUCCUCACUACUUUCCCAAGCCGAGAGCUCGCCGACCACGCCGCCACGCUGGCACAAGCCAACAUACUCAACACUACGCUCCUCCAGCGGCUCAAAUAAAACCAAAACGUAACUGGAUAAGGUCCAUUCUCGGUUGGCGGUGCCCGUUCUUUGAAACCCUAGUGAGAAGUCUGCGCAAUUUUGCGCAACGACCCAUAGAAAGUUGUUCUGUGUAACCUAUGGCAGCUUUCUAUAUCCGUGUUAGAUUUUUAUAUGACUUCCAAAGUAGUUGUGUUGGUCGCGUCCUACCGCAAUUUGCGCAAACUCUCACUAUUUACUUCAAAUAUAAGAACGUUAGCGCAUUUUUUACACACGAAUAGGAUUACUCUAAAACGCAUUUAUAGAUCGGCUUCUAGGAUUUUUUAAUGUAUUUAAAAUAUUUGUACGUUUCGUUCGUGUGGGGUGUGCGUGUAGUUUUUAUACGUAUGUAUGAGCGGGCGCAUUGACGGGCUAUUUAUAACGCGAUCUCGCGAGUGAAACAGUGUAUUGGUCAAUAAAUAAACGUUUUAAGUUCCAUUUUGUUGUUUUAUUUAAUAACUUGAUGUAACUG